AUGUCUGCAUUAGCGUUUUGUCGGCGUCGUCAAAGAGCUCGUUCAAGCGGAGCAUUUGCUCGUGGCCUUGGUACUACUUUUCCCCGGCCCGUUCCAACAGUCGGUUCAUACCUCGUUUACCACACUUUUCAAACAUCUGGCUCUGGGACCGCUAGCGUCGUAUUGUAUGUUUUGAAGGUCUUUUAUAAUAUCGCAAAUUCUGCUCGGAUCUUUGACGUGUUUGAUAGUAAACGACAGUCCAUGAAACCUUAUCGUAAAGAACAAUCAAAUAACCUUAACGUGAAGAGAAAUCAAAUUUUAUAUAAAAUAUAUUUUAGUUAA